AUUGACGUCACGCCGAACGCCGCUGCCCCGACGCCUCGCGUUUGCGUUCGCGCCCUGGCCGCGGGAGCUGAGGCUGUACCUGAGGGGGGCGACAGCGGUGUCCCCUCGGAGGCCUGGGGCCCGGCAGCCUCUGCGCGCCCGGUCCCGGCCCGGAGCUGUCCUGCGCGCCCGAGCCGCCGUCAUGGAUCUGCAUCUGCACCGCGCGGAUUAUUUACAGGUGGGAGUCACCUCGCAGAAGACCAUGAAGCUGCUUCCCGCCGCCCGGCCCAGAGCCACGCAGAAGGUGGUUAUUGGAGACCACGAUGGGGUAGUGUUGUGCUUCGGCAUGAAGAAAGGAGAAGCAGUGGCGGUGUUCAAGACCCUGCGCGGGCGGCCGGUCGCCAGACUGGAGCUAGGAGGCGUUCUCAACGCGCCCCGGGAGAAGAUUUUUGUUGCCACGGGGUCUGAGAUCCGGGGCUUCACAAAAAGAGGGAAGCAGUUCCUCUCUUUUGAAACAAACCUCACCGAAAGCAUUAAAGCUAUGCACAUAUCCGGCUCGGACCUCUUCCUCGGCGCGGGUUAUACCUACAGCCACUACUGCGACUGCAGAGACCAGCACUACUACCUCUCCGGGGACAAGAUCAGCGACGUCGUCUGCCCGCCGGGGGACAGGCUGGCCCGCGUGACGCCCGUCCUGGCCUGCCGGGACCGGCUGCUCCGAGUUCUGCAGGGGUCUGAUGUGCUGUAUGAGGUCGAAGUUCCCGGCCCACCUGCUGUCCUAGCCCUGCACCAAGGAGAUGGCGGUGACUCGGGAGAAGACCUCCUGUUCGGGACGUCGGACGGGAGGCUGGGGCUGACGCAGAUCACCGCGUCCAAGCCAGUGCACAAGUGGGAGGUCCGGAACGAGAAGAAGAGGGGAGGUGUUCUGUGCAUUGACAGCUUCGACAUUGUGGGCGAUGGGGUGAAAGACUUGCUGGUCGGGAGGGACGACGGCACGGUGGAAGUGUACGCUUUGGAUGGCGCGAGCCAGCCUGUGCUGCGCUUUGAGCAAGCGCUGUCUGAAAGUGUCACCUCCAUCCAGGGUGGCUGCGUGGGGAAAGACGGCUAUGACGAAAUCGUCGUCUCCACGUACUCAGGCUGGGUGUCGGGUCUGACCACGGAGCCGGCGCACAGGGAGAGCGGGCCUGGCGAGGAGCUCCGACUCAGCCAGGAGAUGCAGAGUAAAAUCUCCUCCUUACGGAGCGAGCUGGAGCACCUGCAGCUGAAGGUGCUGCAGGAGCGGGACAGGUACCAGCAGUCCUCGCAGUCCGGCAGGGCCCAGUCAGCGGUGCCUGCGUUCAGCAUAAACGACAAGUUCACCUUGAGUAAAGACGAUGCCAGCUACAGCCUCCUUUUGGAGGUGCAGACAGCAAUAGACAACGUCUUGAUACAGAGUGAUGUUCCAAUCGAUUUACUUGAUGUGGAUAAAAAUUCUGCCGUUGUCAGCUUUAGCAGCUGUGAUUCUGAGUCCAACGACAACUUUCUUCUCGCCACGUAUCGCUGCCAGGCAAACACCACAAGGCUGGAGCUCAAGGUUCGCUCCAUCGAAGGCCAGUAUGGCACCCUUCAGGCCUACGUGACUCCAAGAAUUCAACCCAAAACCUGCCAGGUCCGCCAGUACCUCAUCAAGCCCCUAUCGCUCCAUCAGAGGACCCACUGCAUUGACCAUGACAGGCCCGUGAACACGCUGACUCUAACGGGCCAGUUCAGCUUUGCCGAAGUUCACUCCUGGGUGGCGUUCUGCCUCCCUGAAGUUCCCGAAAAACCUCCGGCGGGCGAAGGCGUGACAUUUUACUUCCAGAACACCUUCCUGGACACACAGCUGGAGAGCACCUAUAGAAAAGGAGAAGGAGUUUUUAAAUCUGACAACAUUUCUACUAUAUCCAUCCUAAAAGAUGUGCUCUCUAAAGAAGCUACAAAAAAGAAAAUUAACCUCAACAUAUCAUACGAGAUAAAUGAAGUAUCAGUCAAACAUACCUUAGAGCUAAUCCACCCGAAGCUGGAGUACCAGUUGCUUUUGGCUAAGAAAGUGCAGUUAAUCGAUGCUUUAAAAGAAUUGCAGGUUCAUGAAGGAAAUACAAACUUUCUGAUACCAGAAUACCGCCGUAUUCUAGAAGAGGCGGAUCACCUACAGGAAGAAUACAAAAAGCAGCCCGCACACCUUGAAAGGCUCUAUGGCAUGAUCACCGAUCUUUUUAUAGAUAAGUUCAAGUUCAAAGGUACCAAUGUAAAAACCAAAGUACCUCUUUUGUUGGAGAUUCUGGACAGUUAUGACCAAAGUGCACUGAUUGCUUUCUUCGACGCUGCAUGAACAUAUAAGCAAGGUAACGUUCCAGAGAUGUGUCUGUUUAAAUGAAAUGUUAAAACAACAUUACAGGCUAAGUGCACAUGUAGUUUUACUUCAAGUACUUUUAAAUAUUAUCUAAAAAUAUUUGAUAUGACUUUUUAAUGUUUAUAUUUCCUUUAAUGAAUGAAACCAUUUAAAAUAAAUAGCAUUUUUAUUUUAAAAGUACAAGUGGAAUUAUUAUAAGGAAUUUUAAUAAAGUUUUUGCAAAUGGAUGUUUUAACUUUUAUGUUGAGAAAUAAUAUUUGGAAAAUACACAGCGUGGGACAAAAGUAGGUUUACAGUUCAUAUGAAAAAUAGUACAGUAAUGAAUAAAUGGUAAUAUUAUACAAGAAUAAACUGCUGUGCCUAUUCACAACUGUAAACCCACCCUUGCUCCACCCUCUAUUUAAAUACUGAGUGAUACCCACACAUCAUAUGUAUAAACUGCUUUACAUUUUCCUGAAUGUAUUUAUAUUCAUUAAUUUGUUUGAUUUUUACAACAUACAUUAUUUUGUCAAAUCUCAUAAGAAAACUGAUUUUCACUGAGGUUAAGUGAUGAAGAGGACAUGCUGUUAUUUUGUAAAGCUGGGACUAGAACCCAUAUUUGGGCACCUGGUUUGUGUCCUCAUUAUUAUGUAGGCUGUCAGCCCGUGGAAAUGACCUACCAGUUAUUUUUCCUACGAGUUGAGACCAAUUUGUAAGUGAUUUCACUGUUUGAUGGUGCCCGUGCCCCGCUUGGGGAAGGCUCGCGUCGGCUCAGCGGUGUCCACUGGGGACAGGGAGAGGCCCGGAACUAGUGUGGAUUGAGGGGCCGGGGGGCCUGUCUAAGGGCGAUGCCCUGGCCCAGUUCAGCCCGGCAGCCUCCCUGUGAGCAGGGCGGGACCCGGGACGCCUCGUCCGUCAGGAGCUCCUGGGCCGGCAUCUGCGCGUCUCCUUUCUGUCAUGUGUGAGGGAGGGGAAUGAGGCUUAAGGCUGUGGCCAUUUUCUUCAUUAACCUUAAUUCCUAUUUAUUCAUAUUCGAAGGAAUGAGGAAUAUAAUUUUUAAAGGUUGCUUUAAAAUGGUGUAAAGAUUAUAAUGGAAAAUAAACUUUUUAAGAAGGGCAUACUCACGAAUUUGUCAGAAAACAAUCAUGCUUCUUAAGUACAUUCCGUUAUAUUUGUUACACGUAAGCCUUGUUAUAGAUUAAAUGUGAAAAUUUGUUAAAGGCACAUAUGGCUAAAAGAGUUUUAUUUUAACACGCUCAGAUAUUUUACUAUAAUCAAACCACCUUCUUUUUUUUAAGUCCUCAUCCGAGGAUAUGUUGACUGAUUUGAGAGAAACAGCGACCCAUUGCCUCCUGUAGGUGCCCUCACUGGGAAUCGAACCCACCACCUGCUGGUGCACUCGGCCAGGGCACACAGCCUGCCUUUCUACGUGGAACGCGCUAUUGUAUCUGGGUCACUAGAAUCCACUGGGUGCUUUUCAUCGGCUGCCACGGCUUGGGGAA